UUGAAAACUUUUUUGACAGAGAAGCUGAGUAGUCCAUAUGCAUAAGAUGAAAUACAAAAAUUUGUAUAAUUAAUAAUAGAUGGAGGGGUUUUUUGAGCAUUAAACUGGAACAGCAGUCAGGGAACAUGGCAGUACUUGGAUAAACAUUAGCUAAAAAAAGAAGAAAUUUUAGUUUCAACGAUUUCACAAUGUUUACAAAGUCAAAACAAUGAUCCGGAGAUAUUUCGGUUAGUGUGGUGCAUUAUAUAUACCAUUGCUGGGCAAGAUCUGUGGUUCUCUGGUCAGCAAGUUCUGGCAAUGAAGCCACUGCCGCUGGUGCAAAGAAUUCUGGGAUGUCUGACAGUGAAAUGGAUGCAAAGGCACAUAUUCCAUCUCUACUUAAUGUCCUUCUGUCCAGAAAUCGGGUCAUGCAAAUGAGCUACUUGAAAAGUAAAGAAAAAGGAUAUGGAAAACUAAGCAGUGACGAAGACCUGGAAAUAAUUGUUGAUCAAAAGCAGGGAAAAGGCUCUAGGGCGGCAGAUAAGGCUGUUGCCAUGGUGAUGAAGGAGAUACCGAGGGAGGAGUCUGCUGAAGAAAAGCCCCUCCUUACUAUGACAUCACAGCUGGUGAAUGAACAGCAAGAAAGCAGACCCCUCCUGAGUCCCUCCAUCGAUGACUUUCUCUGUGAAACCAAAUCGGAGGCAAUAGCAAGGCCAGUAACGUCCAACACAGCCGUAUUGACUACAGGCUUAGAUCUCCUUGACUUGAGUGAACCUGUCUCUCAAACCCAAAGCAAAGCCAAGAAGUUGGAGGCCUCAUCAAAAACCUCAUCCCUCAAGAAAAAGGCUGAUGGGUCUGACCUCAUCAGUGCAGAUGCUGAGCAGAGAGGCCAGGCUCUCCGAGGCUCGGAGACAGCAUCCUUAGACUUAACAGACAUUCAAACACAACUGGAAAAAUGGGAUGAUGUUAAGUUUCAUGGAGAUCGAAAUAGCAAGGGGCAUCCCAUGGCAGAGAGAAAAUCAAGCUCAUCUAGAACUGGAUCAAAAGAACUUUUAUGGUCUUCAGAACACAGAUCUCAGCCAGAACUGAGUGGUGGGAAAAGCACCUUGAACUCUGAGUCAGCUUCGGAGCUGGAAUUAGUGCCUCCAACACAGGCUCGACUGACCAAAGAGCAGCGCUGGGGGAGCGCCUUGCUUUCCAGAAACCAUUCCUUGGAAGAAGAAUUUGAAAGAGCGAAAGCAGCUGUGGAGUCAGAUACAGAGUUUUGGGAUAAGAUGCAAGCAGAAUGGGAAGAAAUGGCCCGGAGGAACUGGAUAUCGGAGAACCAGGAAGCCCAGAACCAGGUUACAAUCUCAGCCAGUGAGAAGGGUUAUUACUUUCAUACUGAAAACCCCUUCAAAGACUGGCCUGGAGCAUUUGAAGAAGGCUUAAAAAGGCUGAAGGAAGGGGACCUGCCAGUCACCAUCCUGUUCAUGGAGGCAGCAAUUCUUCAGGACCCUGGAGAUGCAGAGGCAUGGCAGUUCCUCGGGAUAACCCAGGCAGAGAAUGAAAAUGAACAAGCAGCUAUUGUCGCCCUCCAGAGGUGCUUAGAAUUACAGCCCAACAACUUGAAAGCUCUGAUGGCUCUGGCUGUGAGUUACACUAACACCGGCCAUCAGCAAGAUGCUUGCGAAGCUUUAAAGAACUGGAUUAAGCAGAAUCCAAAGUACAAAUACCUUGUGAAGAGCAAGAAGGGAUCUCCAGGACUCACCCGGAGGAUGUCUAAGUCUCCAGUUGAUAGCUCUGUUCUGGAAGGAGUGAAGGAAUUAUACCUGGAAGCUGCCCACCAAAAUGGAGAUGUGAUUGACCCAGAUCUGCAGACAGGCUUGGGGGUGCUGUUCCACCUGAGUGGAGAAUUUAAUAGAGCAAUAGACGCGUUUAAUGCUGCCUUAACUGUUCGACCAGAGGACUAUUCAUUAUGGAACCGUCUUGGGGCAACCUUGGCAAAUGGGGACCGCAGCGAGGAGGCUGUGGAGGCCUACACACGAGCACUGGAGAUUCAGCCGGGCUUCAUCCGGUCCAGAUACAACCUGGGGAUAAGCUGCAUCAACCUGGGCGCCUACAGAGAAGCGGUCAGCAAUUUUCUCACUGCCCUCAGUUUGCAAAGAAAGAGCAGGAAUCAGCAGCAAGUCCCUCAUCCUGCAAUCUCUGGGAAUAUCUGGGCUGCCCUUAGAAUUGCCCUUUCUCUGAUGGACCAGCCAGAACUCUUCCAGGCGGCUAAUCUCGGUGACCUGGAUGUCCUCCUAAGAGCUUUCAACUUGGAUCCUUGAAGGAAAAGGGGAGGGGGGGGAACCCUUCACCUGUGUAAUUGUACUGAGAAAUGCAAAACUAUUUUAUUAUGAAUUCCAAAAAAAAAGGAUAAAAACGGAUGUUCAAAAGGCCAUGGUGAUAUAACCCAAGGGAAUUCCCACAGACAAUGCCCAGUCUCUGUUCAAAUACAAAAAGCACAAAACGUUGCAGAGUCAAGUUUGGGCUCGAAAGAACGGAGAGACACAAGACAAAACCAAGAUAAAGUGACCGUGUUUGAAUACGCUUCACAAGCCGUGAGCACACUGCAGGUAUGUUCCUUGGGGUUUUUCCAAGUGUCCACUUGCAGCUGAUGACACAUGUGAGGAACUUGCUCAUGGGGCACCUGGAGAAAGCAGUGCCUCGGGUCAGGAAAUUCUGUUUCUGAACUGUCCUCUGAAAUUCCCCCCUUUUACCAGGUUGAAUAUAGUUUGGGCCAAGGUGCAUGCACAUAUAUUAACUCUUGACUGAAAAGAGGCAUUGCUUAAACACGUUCCAAUUUUAACUUUUACUGUAGCCCUUUGAUUUCAGAGAGGGAGCUUUGCCGGCAAAAGCAGUUUUUGCACUAGAAAUUUUUGCUCUUCCCAAUCAAAACUUUUCUGGGAUUGUAUAUAUGCACUUUACUAUCUUAUUUAUGCCUUGCUGGAGUUUUGUUUUGUUGCUCCAAUUUUUAACUUGGGGGUGAAAGAUUUGAGAAUUCAGCCUUGUUAGAUUAAUGGACCAAAUAAAAAUUCCUGAAAAUAGUUUUUCAUAGCGUAGGGUUUUGAAGGAGUGUUUUUUCUUAAAGCAGAUAAGACAUAGGUGUAAAUAUGUCAAACACAGAUCUUAUUCACAUGCUUUUCUGGGACUCUGUAUGAACGUAAGCAAAAGAUAAGAUAGAAAUCACAACAUCAUCCAACUUUCUGUAGAGACUUUGUGAAUGCUAUUGAGUUAACAUUAACUUGCUUAAAUGUCAUAUUUUCCUUGCUUUCUAACUGCCAUUCACAGUUAAUGUUCCUUUUAAACUGUUAAUAUUUUAAAUAGUAUUUCUUGAGUGAUAAAUACAUCUUUCCCUUAAAAUUAUGUGUAUUCUUAGUUCCAUAAUAAUCUGCCCUGCUCACCCUUUUGCAUUCUAAAUAAUAGAAGAUCAGUGCCUUUGAGCUGAGCCUCACUGAACAUCAGUGGUUUAAUAUGAAAGAUGCAUGCAUGGCUUUCACUUUGAACAUGUAUCAAGCAUCAGGAGUUUUCUGCUGGCAGUAGUGUUUUAUGUAAUUGGUUAUAGUCCACUCAGUUCUUCAGAGUGGUUUGUGCCUGUUAGGGCUUUGGUGAUUAUUUGGAAAGACAUCAUUUUUUAAAGAUUUAGAAAAAUUGUUUGCAAAAUGCUAACCAAAAUAUAAAUUCACUGAUGUCCAAUUUGA